UUGCCUCCAGAGCCAAAACCCCGGCGGCGGACGCGGAAGGCAGAGCCAGCUGAGCUUCUCGCUUCCUCAAGGCAACCUGUGGCGCCUUGAACGAGGUCCGCAGAGGCCAGUACACUGAAGCGCCCCGCGGAAGCCGAGCAGAGGGUAUCCAGAAGGCUAGUUCCGGGCCUUCUGCCCUUCUCCAGGAAGAAGAUGCGAGCCAGCCCCAUCCGCAUCCCAGCUGUCACCAAUGAUACCGACUGGGACUUCUGCUUCCAUCUGUCCCAGCAAACCAAGAUCCCAGAACAUCAGCGAACAGAUGAGUCAUCUCCCACUAGUGGAUCUGAAGAGAGUGAGGAAGACACCAAAGCCAAGGAGAAGGCCAUAGACUGUAUGUCUCAUCCCAAAGAGAAAUUGGCCCAAUCCCAGAAGAAAAUAGCUCAGCUGAUUAAGGGGAAAAAGAACAUUGAAGCAAAUAAGGAGCUGAUUCGCUGUGUCAUCCUUUCUCGGAUUAUUUUUGGGGAAGAACACUGGAAAUGUGCACAGGCUUUGGCCACCCUGGCUUAUGGCUACCUGACACUGAGAGGCCUUCCAGCUCAGGCCAAGAAACAUGCCGAGUCCGCCAAGAACGUCCUGCUGACCUGGAAGGGAACCACAACCUCAGACAAGGAAGAAAAGCAAAUUCUGGAGACUCUGGUCAUGCUCUACUACACUCUGGGGGUGGCCUGCCUCCUGCAAACCAAUGGCAGAGAGGCGUAUUUGAAUCUGCAGAAGUCAGAGAGAAACAUGAAGGAGCUGAGGAAAUCAUAUAAGGGAGGCACUUGUGGGUUACAGGUCUCAGAGAAAGAUCUAACAAUUGCUUUGGGCAGAGCCUCCUUGGCCAACUGCAGGUUAAACCUUGCACUGGUAUACUUUGAAAAGGCGGUUGACAACGUUAUUGCCAAUAAGGGUGACAACACGUCAGAUCUGGUCAGCCUUUACCAGGAAAUGGCUCGGAUCGAGCAGCUGAGGAGGAACCAUGAAUACGCCAUCCAGUACUUGCACCAGGCCCAUUCUAUCUGUGUCUCUUCGUACACUGAAGUCAGCCCCCAAGCUGCAGAGGCGAGCGCGUUACUAGCCAAGGCUUAUGCCAUGUCUGGAGAGGUCCAACACAAGGAUGCUGUUGGGCUGUAUUUUAUGAAAAGCAUCACUGCAUAUCAAACAACAUUGGGCCCAGAUGAUUAUGAAACACUGACAACUGUUGAAGAAUUUUGCAAAUGGCUUGUUCAAAAUGGGGAAAAGCAGGCAUGUGAAGAAACAGCAUGGAUCUGACAUGAUCUUGUUGGCCAUGUGAUAACCAGUUUAAGAGUAGGGUUCUAGGCACAUAAUAGGGAAGUUUUUUUUUUUUUUUCAAGGAAUGAAGAAAAAGCUUCUUUUAUUUCACAUUUGAACAUUUUUAUAAAUGAUGACAUUUUCUUUGGUUCUGUUAAUUGACACUCAUAGAGGCAAAAAACGUGGUGAUGAUUUGCAAUGUUUUCUUUUAUUAUUUUUAUAAUGGCUUUGGCAUUUUCUGUUGGUUCAGAAGAUUAAUGUAAGCUAGCAAAGCCAGAGAUGUAUCUAAUAUUUUAAUUUAGUUUCCAUGGUGUGAAGGCACUUGGUCAGAAUCUCGUAGCUUAUUCUUGUUAGGUUCUGAUACAGUGAACAUCAUGACUUUGUGAUAAGACACCAGUAUCAAUGCCUAACAGCUGUCUGCUUCUAACCACAUGUACCAAUCUCCUAGAGAGAGAGAAGAAAGCAUCUGAGUGUCAGAUGGCUCUGAAUCUAAACCACAAGCAGGACUGUGGACAGAUCACCUUUACUACUAGGAAACUAGCUCCAGGAGGGCAAGGGUUUUUGUCUGUUUUGUACACUGCUGUGUCCUCAAUGCCUAAAACAGUAACUGGUACAUAGUAGGUGCUCAAUAACUUGAAUUACUUGCUGAAUUUCAUAACACACUUGCUGUGGGAUGUGCGUAUGUGCUAAGUCACUUCAGUCUGACUUCAGUGUCCGACUCU